AUGGCUGCUGCUCUGGAAAAGGUGUCAUCAAACAAGGCCUUUGCUGGCGAACUCACAAAAUAUAAAUUCAAAUCUGCUGCAUUAGGUGGAUUGUCCGCCAACUUCAAUAUCUUCCUCCCCCCGAACGCAGCGAAUGAGAAGGUCCCUAUCCUAGUUUAUCUCUCCGGCCUUACGUGUACGGAAGACAAUGGGGCACAGAAGGGUAGCUUCCUCGGGUAUGCAUCUGAAGCAGGCAUUGCUUUGCUCUUCCCCGACACUUCUCCGCGUGGUGCUGGGAUAGAAGGGGAAGACGAUGACUGGGACUUCGGGACUGGUGCCGGCUUCUAUCUGAACUCGACCAAUCCAAAAUAUUCGAAACACUACAAUAUGCUCACUCAUGUAACUAUUGAGCUACCCCAGGUAAUCGAAGCUGCCGGGCUCCCAAUUGAUUUCAAACGACAAUCCAUCUUUGGCCACUCUAUGGGAGGCCACGGCGCUCUGACAUUGUAUCUAGCCUCCAAGAGCAAGCAAUACAGGUCUGCGUCCGCCUUUUCGCCCAUAUGCAACCCAACAAAGUGCCCAUGGGGGGAGAAAGCCUUCAAGGGUUAUCUCCAGAACGGUAUUGAAGAGGCGAAGGCACAAUAUGAUGCUACCGAGCUUAUUGCAAAGACUACUGAUUCUGUUCACAUUCUUAUUGACUACGGCACUGGUGAUAACUUCUAUAAGCAAGGGCAACUGUUGCCAGAGAACUUCUUGAAAGCAGCCAGGGAUGCUGGCCACGAUGAGCUCAAAGUUAGAGUUCGCAGUCAUGAGGGGUACGAUCACAGCUACUACUUCAUAUCGACCUUUGCUGCAGACCAUAUUCAUUUCCACGCCAACUUUUUGAAGGCUUGA